CUUGCCAUUUCAAGCACAUUAACACCUUCAUUUCUUUUCUCCCAUGGCCAUGGAAACUCAAUCUUCUUUAAAUUCUCAAACAAAACAAGAUCAAAGCUUCAAAGAAGUUGGUGUCAAAGCCCGAAUGAUAAGCCGUGACAACACAAUCUCCAGACGCUUCUCGUCUUCACGGAUCACAAGCUUCAGGGAGGAGCAUGCAUCCUCCCCUGGCUACACCCUCAAAGAGGAGAUAGACCCGUCGACUUACUCGUUUACUAACGCGCUCAAAGCAUUACAAUUGAGGUCAAUAAACACAUGGGAGUACUUAUCACCAGAAGGGUUUGCUCUAAACUCGAAAUGGAAUGAAGCAGAAAGAUAUAUAUGUAAUCCACUUUCUGGUGAAGUCCCGGUUGAGUGUUUAUCUUCAAAAACACUCAUGAAUGGACGAUCUUUCAGAAACAUAGCCAAUAGAAUGACCAUGUCUGCACCUUUAAUCCACCAUUCUUCAAGAAUCUUGCCUCAUAAACUUGCAAAUAUUCACCCGAUUCAAGACGAAAAUGAGGCUAAAGACAAUAAGAUCGAAGAGAGGUUGAUGAUGAUGAUGAUGAAACGUGAUGUUGGAAUUCAAAGUAAUCUUGUUGAGAGUAGUACUGUGAGCCCGACUUCUACUCCUUCGAUUCAAGAAAGGUCGAUGAAAUUCAAUAUGAACUUAGAUUCGUCAAAUUCAAGCUCAAAGUCAGAAUCAGAAUCUAAAUCCAAUUCCAAUUCAAAUUUCAAAUUCAAGGAGGAAGAUGUGGGGGGAAAAGAAGAAACAAAAGAAGAUGAUGAGGAUGAAGUGAAGAGAUAUGGUUGCAUGUGCAAGCGAACGAGUGGGUGUUUCUCCUUCAAGAAUGUGUGGCCAACAAGAAAACAAUUAAACUAAUUUAUUACUGUAGUAAUUACAAGAGUAAUUAGUAGUUUUAAAAAAAAUAAAAUAAUGAUUUAUGUAUGAAAUAUGGUAUGGAUUAAGGUUUGAUCCAAGUCUUUCGAUUUUGCAAGGAUGAAAUCAAUAUAAGUAAUUAGUUUAAAGGCGUUUUUUAA